GAGUCGGAUCCCGACAUGCGCGACCUCGCCCUCGCCGACGUCCCCGACGCGACCGCCGCCCUCGCGCGCAUGCGCCAGCACCUCGUCUCGGUCCUCGCCCCGCCCUCGCCCACCUCGUCCCUCUCGGCCCUCGUCGAGCUCAAGUCGGGCGUCGGCGGCUCAGAGUCGUCCCUGUUCGCGGCCGAGCUCCUGCGCAUGUACCAGCGCGUCGCGGCCCGCCGAGGGUGGACGGCGAGCGUCGUCGAGAGCGUCAGCGUCGAGGGCAUGGGCACGGGCGACGCGUACAAGGAGGCCCUCCUCGAGGUGACGGGCGACGGCGCGUUCGGGUACCUGAGGCGCGAGGCCGGCGUGCACCGGGUCCAGAGGGUGCCCGCCACCGAGAGCAAGGGGCGCGUGCACACGAGCACCGUCUCGAUCAUUGUCCUCCCGAGCGAGUCGGGCAACCAGUCGUCCCAGGUCGACGACUCGGACCUGUACGACCUCAAGGACGUCAAGAUCGAGACGAUGCGCUCUCGCGGUGCAGGAGGACAGCACGUCAACCGGACCGAGUCGGCCAUCCGCCUCACCCACAUCCCGACCGGCAUCACCGUCUCGAUGCAGGACUCUCGCUCUCAGCACGAGAACCGCUCUAAAGCGUUCCGCGUCCUGCGCGCUCGCCUCCUCGAUCGCGCGCUCCAGGCCGAGAUCGACGCUCGGCGCUCGCUGCGCAGGACCCAGGUCCGCGGCGCCGACCGCAGCGAGAAGAUCCGGACGUACAACUUUCCGCAGGGUCGCCUGACGGACCACCGCAUCCCGAUGACGGUGUCGGCGCUCGAGGAGGCCAUGGAGGGCGGCGAGGUGCUCGACCACAUCAACCGCGAGCUCGAGGAGCGAGAGGAGCGAGAACGCGUCGAGGACAUCUUGGCGGGCUUGGAGGAGCCGUAG